AGAGAAAAACUAAAGUUUCUAUCGGACAGAUUCAGGUAGCUAACUCCCCAUUUAAUUUCGUUUGCUUCCGUUUAAGAAACGUUUCGCAACAGAAUUGGUGUAAUGAAUACGGCCCUGGCAAGCUGUUUAUUAUGCCGAUUCUGUUGCAAAUCGUUUUGCAACUGUUUGGACUAAUGAUUACACCCCUGGCACAUCUGAUAACAGUCAAUAGCGUGGUUAAUGCGUGAGCUUGGCAGACUGUGGAAACUAAGAGGAAGGCUGGCUGCAACGGUUUACAGUGUAAUAUCUGUCAUUUUUCUCUGCUGAGUCUAGUCAUUAUCUCGUUGACUGUGCGAGGAUUUAUCAAUGACAGUGCAUUUACGUGCUGGUCGCAGUGGCGGUUUCACCCUUGGUGCUCUGAUCCUCCUCCCCUCUUCAGUAUCAAUUUGAACCGACUAAUAUCAUUCUUCGAAGAGAGCAAUAUUGGAAAGAUGGGAAGCACGAGCUCUUGCUGUGUGUCUUCGAGCCCGAAGCUCCGGAGAAAUGCCCAUUCGAGGCUGGAGUCGCACAACCCGGAGCCGGAGUUGAGUAGGGAGGAUACGGGCUGCAACCUGCAGCAUAUCAGCGACCGAGAGAAUGUCGACGAGUUGAACAUGGCGUACAACCCCUCUGACCAUCCUCAGGCCAGCACUAUAUUCCUCAGUAAAUCUCAGCCGGAUGUGGAGUUGCCUAGCAAGAAUGUGCGUGAAAAAAGAAAGAGCCUCUUCAUCAAUCAUUUAACACACAUUGACGAGUCAAAGCAUGGAUCAAGGAGACGAAAACACAGCUCCUGUUCCACCAUCUUCCUAGAUGACAACACUGUCAGUCAGCCCAACCUUAAAUUCACCAUCAAAUGUGUAUCCCUUGCAAUAUAUUACCAUAUAAAGAACAGGUACACAGAUGGAGGAAUGCAGCAAGACAUUUUUGACGAGAAGCUUCACCCUCUCUCGAAAUCAGAAGUGCCGUCUGACUAUGACAAACACAACCCAGAGCAGAAGCAGAUCUACCGCUUCGUCCGGACGCUGUUCAGCGCUGCACAGCUCACUGCAGAAUGUGCCAUUGUUACACUGGUGUACGUUGAGAGGCUGCUGACGUAUGCAGACAUAGACAUUGGCCCAGGGAACUGGAAGCGUAUGUUGCUGGGAGCCAUCCUGCUGGCAUCUAAAGUCUGGGACGAUCAGGCUGUGUGGAACGUAGACUACUGCCAGAUCCUCAAAGACAUCACCGUGGAGGACAUGAACGAGCUGGAGCGUCAGUUUCUGGAGCUUCUUCAGUUCAACAUCAACGUUCCGUCUAGUGUUUAUGCCAAGUACUACUUUGACCUGCGCUCACUGUCAGCGACCAACAACCUGAGCUUCCCUCUGGAGCCCCUGAGCCAGGACAAAGCCCAGCAACUAGAGGCGAUCUCGAGGUUGUGUGACGACAAGUACAAAGAUGCCAGGAGAGCUGGCAAGAAGCGCUCUGCGAGCGUGGACAACCUGGUCGGAGUGCGAUGGGUCCCUGCCAUCCUCUCCUAACAACCAGGAACAUAGACCAUACCUGAGACUGGGCCUCAGGCCAGCAUGGGGACAUCCAGUCUUUUACAUAGCAAAAUUCUAGUAACUUUCCGAACAAUCCCAGAUUUUCUAGAAAUCCUGCUUGGAAGAUUCCCGGAAUCAGCAGGAAAUCUAGAAUCCUCCGAUCUGGAUUUCUGGAAAACCUGACAACCUAACUUAGACAGACUUUGUCCUCAUCACAGAUAGAUGCCUUUGCAGUGCCGCUACUCCUGUAACACAGAAGGAAGAACUCUCUACAGGACUGGUACUUCACUGACUGUUAAGAAAAACAAAGCUUCUUUGUGAUAUAACAUAAAGAUUUGACUGUUUGGAGAGCUCAUGACAUCAUAGCUUCCUGUUGACAGAAGUAGCCAGAUCACCGCGGCAACAUGAGCUUUAUGCGUUGAAGCAGCAAACCAAGAUAGAAGUGGUCAGAAAACAAAAUGUCAAUGUCAUUUGACCUCUUUCCCUGGAUCAUGCCAAACGAAAAGGGACUGAAACGAGGAGGGACGACCUGAAAUUGUCCAAUAAGAAACUUGUGUUUUCGUUGCCGUUGCAAAACGCUUUGCUACAGUGUCCACUAAUGAAUACGACCAUGGGUCUGGACUAUCCAACCUGGCAUGACAGGACAGAUGGUUGCCUUUACAGACUGUUCUGUGGCUUUUGGUGAACAGGUUUUUAUUUAUUUUGUAUUCAUAGUUGUUUUUACUACUAAGUGCUACAGCCAACCAAACCCAGGUAAAAUAUUUGAUCAGAUAAAAUAGCCUUCUAGCUGUGCAGGCGUUUCUACUUGAUCUACACACACAUUCCAGAAUCAUUUAGUUCUUAAUGAACACAAUUAUUUUGUUUAUGUUCAAACAAGUUGGCCAUAAUUAAUACCUUUCCACUUGUGUACAGUUACUGUGCCUCCCAAUACCUAGAAUGUUGUAUUCAAAUCUGCAGCUAAAAUCCUAAUUGAAAGCUUUUGGAGAUAUGUGAGUGAUUUUUAGCUACUGUGAAUGUGUCAUCCACAGGAUUCAAAGUAGGUUAUGUUGACAAGAAAGCAACCAAUGAAAGGAUAGAAAUGGGUUGUCAUACUUGAUACACUGUAGAGCAUGACUUGUGUUUUUUGUCUCGGAACUCUGGAUGUUUUAAGCUACAAUGUUUGUUUUUUUAAGAACAAAAACCUGAACCCUGAGCCAACUUAUAACAUGGCUCCUUCAAACUUUGUACAGAUUGAUUUAGUCUUUUAAGCAAUUAUUUUUGAUUCAAAUAUUAUUGUUAAAUUCCUGAUCAACUUUUAUUUGUGUUUUAUUAUUUGUCAAGAAGAGCCCUGACAACUGAAGCACUAGAAUGUAAUUCUUUUGCUUAUCAACUUUCUACAGUGUGUAAACAAGUGUUAAAGUGAUGAUGAUUAUUAAUUAUUAUUGAUCAUUAACUUCAUUGUUAAAUAUUUAUAUUGACGUGUUGAUCCAUGUUUAUACUAAAAGAAAAUUCCCUUGUUUUCUUAUUUUGUGUUUUUUUUGUACAUUUAAACAGGCUACAAAUAAAUCUCAGAGGAUAACACAUUAGUGUUAAAAACACUUAUUUCCAA